AUGGCAAACGGUAUGGGAGGUGGGGCCCUGAGGCCUUCUGGUAUUGCAUGCAUCGCUGCUGUUUAUGAGCAAUCCAAAGCGCUAAGCCCUCCAGCUAAAAUUUCUGCAUUUAAUUUGUUUCCAGGCUGUUUAGGUCGCUGGAGAGGAGGGAGAAGGGCCGCAUCUGGUCGCGCAGGGCGUUGGGCAGUUAGUUCGUGCGACUUCACGGCUGAAGCCUUUAAACUUGGCAAAGAUGAGAGGCUCAGGAGACUCGCGGCUGUCACGAACUCGGCAACGGCGCUGGGCAUGUCGUCGAUGUCAAAGGAUGAAGGAUCGCCCGUAGUCGCAGCCGUCGAGCCCUCGUCCGUGCUGGCCACCUCAGAAGAUGCAGCGGGAGGAUUAAGCUCCACAGAAGAAAAAAACUUAUUCUCUGCAGUUCCAUAUGCAAGAUGGCGCUUCCUGCACGUCCGACUGCGGCGUUCCUUGCUGCAUCACGGAUAUUCAAGCCCAACGAAGAUUCAGCUGGUAGCGGUCCCUGCACUCCUCCACGGGCAUGACGCGCUUAUCCAAUGCCCCACAGGCUUAGGCAAGACGCUAUGCUUAGCACUGCCGUUGCUACAGCGAGUACUGCAGUUGUCUCAGCAGCGACGGCUCCACAGGGGCGAGGGCACGAGGGGACUGUUUUUGCUACCAACGAGGGAACUUGCUCUGCAGGCAACGGAAACUGUAUCAAAGCUGGCUCAGCUUUUUCCUUGGCUCACAGUAUCUGCUUUGACCGGGGGCGAAAGCAGGAAGAAGGAGAAGUGCCGCUUACGGGGGGGGACGGGUGUAGUGCUCGCUACUCCAGGGCGUCUUGUCGAUCACCUCAGCAGCACCGCUUCAUUCCGUUUGUUGCCGCUGCAAUUUCUCUUGAUUGACGAGGCGGAUCGGCUGUUGGACCUGGGGUUCGAGGCUAAAGUCAGGGGUAUCUACACCUCUUGCCUGCAAAAGAUCGCUGAGGAAAAGGCGAUUUUUGAGCUGCAGAAGCAAGCCAGGGAGGAGUGGAAGCUGCAGCAGCAGCCCUCUGGGCGGCAAGACGAUGGAAAUAGGGGAUCGGAUGAGAGCGACGCCGAUAAUGAGCAGCAACAGCUCAAAGAGAUCCACCAGCAGGAGCUUCACUACAACAACAAUGGCAGCAGUAAUUGCAGCUCCAAUGGCAGUGGAACUGAGCCCCCUUUCCAGGUGGCUGUCGCUUCAGCAACUCUGACUCCCUCCGUGCAGCGCCUUGCAGCGUUCUGUCUUCGCCGAGAUCCUCAGUGGCUGUCUCUCGCGCUCGCAGACGCUGCGGAGACUCGUAUGGAAGAGGUACAGCAGCUUCUGCAGAGAGAACAGAGCGAGAGGCAGCCGCAACAGCAGGAAGGAGAGGCAGCGGCGGCACCUCAGCAAGACCAGCUGCAGCACGAUGAACCGUUAAGCGAAGAACUGGAAGCUACAAUCUUAGAGCGACUCUGUUCCUGCAGCAUGCCGCGGGCUGCUACCGCAGCAGCUGCUGCUAGUGACAGGAGCGGGAAGGAGGACCCUCCAAAGUUUGCAGUGCCUCCUCAGCUUCAGCAGUUUUUUUUGGUGGUGGAGCCUCGUUUGCGUCUUCUACCACUACUUUCAUUUUUGCUAAAUGCUGAGGAAAAUAACAAGAAGAUCGUCGUAUUCGUAUCCUCGUGCGAUUUUGUGGAAUACCUUUAUCAGCUACUGCUUCGACUGCGCUGGCCUUUGACGCUGCAGCAUGACAGACAGCAACGCCAACGCCUACUGCAGCAGCAGCAGCUCAUGCGCAAGUUGCAGCUUCAGCAGCACGAGCAGCAGCAGCGGCUGCACAAAAUUGCAGCAGGAAUCAAGCAGCAGAAGAAAAAAUGCGGUAAGCCAGUGUCAGCGGCAGCGGAGACAGCAGCAGCAGCCGUAGCAGCAGAAGAGGAUGAAGAAAGCGAGCCAGAUGAGUUGGCAGACGACGACGUUGGUUUGGAAGCGCCUGGUCUCUGGGGCCAGUUCGUUUUGCAGUCACUGAAUGUCUUUAAACUCCAUGGGAAAAUGGAGAGAGAUGAUCGUAUCGGCUGUAUGACGGAUUUCACAAAGCUCAGUGGAGAGGGGGCAGUGCUGCUUGCCACGGACGUCGCUGCCAGAGGCCUCAAUCUCCCAGAGGUGGACUGGAUCAUCCAAUUGGAGCCCCCGCAGCAGCUGGAGGAAUAUGUUCACCGCAUUGGCCGCACAGCCCGGUUGGGCAAACAGGGGAGGGCCUUGCUAUUUCUGCUUGACUCUGAAAGAGAGUACACCAGUUACUUGUCGUCUCGAGGCCUGACGCUGCAGGAACUGUCGACACCUCGACUCUUUGAAUCUUUGCUGAAGAGGGCCCCCCCAAGCCUAGGUUUAAGCGAGGGGAAGCGCAGUAGUAUCAGUCGGAGCAACACCAGCUCUAGUCCUCAACAGGAAGCCUCGUUGAGGUUUUUGGUUCGCCAGUUUUGCGAGUUUGUGGCCCCUAGAAAGCGCCUUAUUGAGGCCGCCAGAAGGGCUUUCCUUUCCUCUGUCAGGGCUUACAAAACUCAUGGCAAAGAGCUAAGGGCCAUAUUUGACUCCUCAAAACUCCCACUGGGGCCUCUAGCGACCUCAUUCUGUAUUAGGGAGACCCCUAAAGAGAUAGCCGGACGGAUAAAUCGUAAUCCCCAGCAACAGCAAGAACAGCACCAGCAACUGCGGCAACGAGGGAAGCGAAAGGGUGUCGACAACUAUGAAAUGGAGCACCAGCAACAAACGGAGCGUGGUAACCGCAACAAACAACAAAGGCAACGCCAGGCGAAGAGAUCCAAACAGAAACAUCUGGAAGAGCAGCAACAUCACAUCGAGGUAGUUCCCAGCAGCAGCAGUAGCAGCCCUGGCAGCAAUGCAGCCUCGAGGGCUGUCAAUAUGCUGCAGUCACGUGGCGAGCUCCUGACACACACCACUGGCCGCAAGGGAGGUCUCGGUGUCAGGCGUGUAAAACAAGGGGAAAAGUAG